AUGGCUAUGGAUUUAGCUACAACAAGUACAUGCCACCAUUGGAUUGUUCAACAUUGCAUUGAGUUUUAAACGAUGCGAACAUGAAGGUGAGCGUUCAGGGAGACCUUUUGCACAGAUGUGUCAUGGAAAUUGAAUAUCACGUUCAGAAAACAAGACUGAAGUGAUGCGGGGUUACUGAAUGGAUUAGAUCGACGCAAUCUCCUUCUGACAUCAUCAUGGUUUCUCAGCCGAGCUAUAUGGAAUCAACUUCCAGCGUAUUUGACCAAUCUUGUGGGAUGGAAAGGUCAUCUAGAGGAACAAAAGAUUCCUACGAACUUAGUAAAUAAAUACGAACACGCAGUCAAGCAGCGGCAAGUUGCUGCUACUGGGCCGUGCGUCAACACCUGCCGGCUGCACCGAGGCCGAAUCUCUGCCAGCUAGUUGAAGCCUCCAAAGUCGACCCGAAACGAACGCCUUGAGUCCUCGGAGUUUCAGGUUUCCUCAUGCUUGGCUGAUGCCGCUCUCUCCCAGUUGCAGAUGGAGCGAAACGUGCGCCAAGUUCAACAUGGAAGUGGAUGAGGAACCUUUGGCGAUCAAUCCCGGCAUGGUGCCCAAGUCAUGAUACUGCUGAUGUUAUCACCCCGUUGUCGGUUCAUACUAGGAAACCCGAAGAAGCUCGGUAGAAGCAAGCAAGGAAGGACCUUUUUCUUCAGGGAAGCAAUCGGUGGCCUGCCGUUGCGGACCGGUUAUUGGCACGAGUUUUGACUUUGUGCAGUCAAAAGCCCCGGACUUUGGGCCAGGCUUUUGGUUUCACCCGAUACUCCCGUCUGGAUCAGUCAUCUUGCUAACCAGAUGGUCGCAUUUCGUGCUGAUUUUGUUCACGUUGAAAAUUCUUAUUUGACAACAAGCAUACAAACUUGGUUGAAAUUCAAGUGUCAUAUACUCUGUGUAUAUUCGUGUUUUUGUAACUGAUUGUUUCCGCCACCAACAACAUCGUCAACACCAUCACCAUAUUACAGCUAAUUGACACCGUGACGAUCUUUUGGUGACAUCAUUCAUUAAAGGCCCAGUUGAAACCACCUCGGCAACUCUGGUUCGGUAUGCUCCCAGUAUUCCUACUGUCGCUGUGGCCCCGUGGAAAGGGCGGCGGAUCGGGACGCGCAAGGAUCAUCGACCACGACGCCUCUCGUUCAUACUGCGCAUCCAAGCAUGCUCUUUUUCCGCUGCCUCAGUGCCGUGUGCGCGUGUAUGUAAGAGGCAGUGCCGAUCUCUCCACAACCCGCACAGCUCUCACUUGAUCGACCCCGACCCCGACCUCCGUCUAGACCAGCGGUCUUGUGUGCAUCCCUCUAACUGGGGAUUGACGAUUCCUGGAGGGUUUGCAGGAGGCCAAAGCGCAUCCAAAUUGAAUGAGAUCCAAGUCCGACACAGCGAGCGAACCAAAAUCAAGUUUCGAGUUUCAGCACCUCCGAGUUUGUGAAACUCUUCCGCGGGCGCCCUAUUCCAAGAUCGGCCCGCAACAACCUCAAUCCUCAGGUGCUACAGAUAUUUCCACCAGCCACCAGCCCAUCCAUCAAUCCAUCCACCGACUGUAACCGGUACGAUGGGGAAGUGGUCCUCGAAAGCCUUAGCGACGAUCUUCGUUACCCUCGCCAUUGCCAUGAACUCAAUCACCCCGGCAGUCGCUCACAGCGGGCUGAAGGUAGGGUUCUAUCAUCACAGCUGUCCGGAAGUCGAGACCAUUGUCUACAAUUCUAUGGUUCAAUCCUACAAGGCGAACCACACCGUUGCACCUGGAGUUCUCCGGAUGGCGUUCCACGACUGCUUCGUGCGGGGUUGCGACGCUUCCGUUCUACUGGAAGGACCCAACACAGAGCGAACGGCUCUAUUCAACCGGGGGCUCCAUGGCUUUGAGGCGGUGGACGCCGCCAAGAGAGCUGUGGAGAGCGCUUGCCCAGGCAUCGUCUCAGCCGCCGACAUAUUGCAGUUUGCCGCCCGCGACUCAGUUGUGCUGGCUGGAGGUUACGGAUGGCGUGUGCCUGCUGGCCGUCGAGACGGAAAGGUUUCCCUCGCGGAGGAGGCGACGCAAAUGAACCUGCCCGCCCCGAACGCGACCGUGUCUCAACUCAUACGUAUGUUCGGGGCGAAGGGUUUGAGCGCCUCCGAAAUGGUAGUCCUGUCAGGCGCCCACACGAUCGGCAGAGCUCCGUGCGUUACGUUUGAUGACCGCGUUCAGACAAGCCCGGUCGACCCAACUCUGGCUCCCAACUUCGCCGCGUCCUUGAAGAGGCAGUGCCCGUAUCCAGGAAUCGGAUCCACUAGCGUGAACAUGGAUUCCACCACACGGAGGUUCGACAGCCAGUACUACAAGGACAUCAUCCGAGGGAGAGGCCUGCUGACCUCGGACCAGGGCCUACUGUACGACUCGCGUACCAAGCGGGAUGUGCACGCCAACAAGGGUUCUGCAUUCUACCGAAACUUUGCCCAGGCGAUGGUGGCGAUGAGCCGGAUUGAGGUGUUGACAGGUCGUUCCGGCGAAAUUCGCCGACAGGUUGGAGAGGUGAACAAGUACUAGAAAGGAAGUCCAGGCAACAAGAUUGGCCAGCUGAUACAGAUCCUCAAUGUAUCAUAGAGUAGAAUAGAGCAGAGACAACGAGUUCGCGCACAUGGUCAGCGUAAGCUGCCAUGUAUUCAUUCUUUCCGAUGCACAGCAUUGGCAAUUUUUCCCUCGCUUGUCCUGGCGGGAGGGAUCAGCGUCGAUCCCCGCGCGGAACAAAUUUUUAUCGCACAGCACUCUACACCGAAUUAAACAACAAAUUCCUCACUCUUUAUUUCUAAAUAUGAAUCUCACAAAUGUACAAAGUCACACAAGUGAACAGCCUUCAUUUCUUGUCUCUUUCAUCAUUAUACUCAACAAAUAGAAGUUAUUCUUUCUCACUGGUAACUCACUAGGUACUAAACUCCAACUAAACGAUAACUUCUCCAUUGAUAUUAUAAUAUGUAACAAUACUCCCACUUCAAUGGAGAAGUAUCAAGUAGAAGAAAGAGUAAGGCACUCAGGCGCUUAAAGUUAGAGCUUUAGUGAAGAUAUUUGCAACAUUUGCAUUUGUUGAGAUGUAAUCAAUUUGUAAGAUUUGAUUAUUGACUUGCUCUCGGAGCAUGUGGUAUUUUA